GUGCCAGGCUGCGCCGGGAGCGGGAGGAUCGGAGCCACCCCCAGGCCCCGGCCGCUCGCCGGGCGGCAGGAGCUGAGCGGAAAACGGAGGCGUGAGGGGAGCUGCCGCCUCGGGGCGCUGGACGGCUCUGAGGAGCCUGUGCUGGUGAUCGCCUGGCACCGCCCUGCCCCGCUCCCCCCGCCGGGCACCGGCAUCACCCGGCACCGCCUUGCAUCGCCCGUUGGCCCCCGAGCGGAGGAUGUGACUCCCGUCGGUUCCUUCUGGCAGUGAUCGGUGCUGCCCCCGGAGCUCUGGGCCUUGCAAGGAAGGGGAAUCCUCGCCCACCCCCCAGCUCUCUCUCCCCCCCCCCCCCGCUUCUUCUGCUCUUGCGAGGACCAGGGGCUGAGCUCUUUAUGGGGCAGUUCAACCCGGCCUGGAGAAGAUGCCAAGGAAGGAGCUACCUUUGCCAGAGGGCUGGGAAGAAGCCCGGGACUUCGAUGGGAAAGUGUAUUAUAUCGACCACACCAACAAAACCACCAGCUGGAUCGACCCGAGAGACAGGUAUACUAAACCACUAACCUUUGCUGACUGCAUUAGUGAUGAAUUGCCAUUAGGAUGGGAAGAAGCUUAUGACCCUCAAGUUGGAGUUUAUUAUGUAGACCACAAUAACAAAUCCACACAGAUAGAGGACCCUCGUGUGCAAUGGCGGCGGGAGCAGGAACAUAUGCUGAAGGACUAUCUGAUACUGGCCCAAGAGGCAAUCGCUGCUCAGAAAGAGAUCUACCAGGUGAAACAGCAGAGACUUGAAUUGGCCCAGAAGGAAUACAGGCAGCUACAUGAUGUUUGGGAACACAAACUGGGCUCUCAGAUCAGCUUGCACUCUGGCUCAUCAUCUAGUUCCAAAUAUGACCCGGAGAUUCUUAAAGCUGAAAUUGCUACUACAAAAUCCAGGGUUAAUAAAUUGAAGAGAGAGGUGGCUCAUAUGAGGCAAGAACUGCAAUACAAAGAGCAUGGCUUCCACACACUAAAGAAAAUUGAUAUGAAAAUGUCUGAUACUCAAGGUGGAUACAAACUUGAUGAAGCACAAGCCAUAUUAAGUGAAAUGAAAGCAAUCAAGAAAGCAAUCACUUCAGGAGAGAAGGAAAAACAAGAUCUCAUUCAGAGCUUAGCCAGGUUAAAGGAUGGCUUUGUGACUGACAGAGGAUCACAGUCAGACCUGUGGGACAGCAAUGCAUCCUUAUUACCUCCACAGUAUCUGGAUGUUAGCUCCCAAACAGAUGUUUCAGGAAAUUUUAUCACAAGCACUAAUAAUCAGUUGGCUGAGAAGGUCAGAUUACGUCUCCGAUAUGAAGAAGCAAAGAGAAGAAUAGCAAACUUAAAAAUACAUUUGGCUAAACUGGACAGUGAGGCCUGGCCAGGUGUGCUGGAUUCAGAACGGGACCGACUAAUAUUAAUCAAUGAGAAGGAGGAGCUCUUAAAGGAAAUGCGGUUCAUUAGCCCCCAAAAGUGGACUCGGGGUGAAGUGGAAAGACUAGAGAUGGAGAGAAAACGUCUGGAGGAAGACCUUCAAGCUGCAAGAGAUACUCAAAGCAAAGCCUUAACAGAGAGAUUGAAGUUGAAUAGCAAAAGAAAUCAGUUGGUCCGCGAACUGGAGGAAACAACACGAUUAGUUGUAACGUUACACACCCAGCUGAAAAACCUCUCUACCAGCAUGCUUUCCCUCUCUUCGGGCAGCAGCCAUGGGUCUCUCGCAUCGAGCAGAGGAUCUCUUGCCACCUCUAGUCAGGAUUCUUCCACCUCAGCCAGUUUAACUGAUCUCUACUAUGAGCAGUGGGAACAGUUGGGUUCAGACUAUCAGAACAAAGUCGACUUCUUACUCUUGGAGGGAGCCGCUGGAUUUAGGCCUUCAGGCUAUAUCACCACUAUUCAUGAGAAUGAGGUGGCAAAAACUCACAAAACAGAUGCCACCGGUCGUAUCCAGGCUUUGAGAUCUUUGUCUGGGACCCCCAAAUCAAUGACAUCCUUAUCUCCAAGGUCAUCUCUGUCAUCUCCCUCUCCACCCUGCUCCCCACUAGUGAUAGAUCCUCUCUUAACUGGAGAUGCCUUUUUGAGCCACAUGGACUUUGAAGAUACAGAUAUAAAUACAAGUCUUUCUGAAUUCUCUCUAAAUGCCGGAAGUGGCAGCUACAGAUUGGAAGAGCCUAGGGCUGGGGACAAACAUCUAGGCCAAGGCGUAAAUUCAGCUGGAGGGGCCACACUGAAGGUGGCAUGUGUGUCAGCCGCAGUGUCAGAUGAAUCUGUUGCUGGAGACAGCGGGGUGUAUGAGGCAGCUGUACAAAGACUCUGUGUGUCAGAAAUGAUAAUGUUUGACAGUGAUCAUACAGAAGCAGCUGGAACUGCCAAAGUGCAAAUUGCUAUGAAGUAUGAUGACAAAAAUAAACAAUUUGCAAUAUUAGUCAUGCAGCUCAAUAAUGUUCCUGCUCUAAUGUUACAGCAAGACCAGAAAGUGAACAUUCGUGUGGCUGUUCUUCCUUGCUCUGAAAGCACAAGCUGUUUGUUCCGCACAAGACCCAUGGAAGCUUCUGAUAGUCUUGUAUACAAUGAAAUAUUCUGGGUUUCAAUCUCUUACCCUGCAUUACACCAGAAGACUUUAAGAGUUGAUGUUUGCACUGUGGAUAAGUCUCACCUCGAGGAGUGCCUGGGUGGGGCACAAAUUAGCUUGGCUGAAAUAUGUCCAACUGGAGAGAAGUCAACACGCUGGUACAACCUUCUUAGUUAUAAAUAUCUUCAGAAGCAAAGCAGAAAACACAAACAAGGGGAUAUUUGUUCUGCAGUAUCCUGCGUUGAAAAAACAGACUCUGUAUCUGCACUGCUGGAACAGACUGCUGUUGAACUGGAAGCAGUAGAGAAGAAGCUGGAAGAAAGCAGAAGCACUUUAACUAGUGGAGAGAAUUGGCAAGAUGAGGAGGUUGCUGAGCAAGAAGAGCAGGAUGGGAACAGUGACAAUGAAGCAGAAGAGGAGGAAGAAUUCUGUGAUGGAAAAACACUCUGGGAGGUGGAAGAGAAUCCAGAAUCCCAAGUGCAUGCAGAGUCGAUAGCAGUAAAGGUAGAUAAAGAGACAAACACAGAGAGCCUUGCACAAUCUUCAACUGUAGUUCGUCCAAAAGAGAAGAGAGCAGCUAACCCACCACAAACUCAGUUUGUCAGAAGUAGCACCAUAAUCCGCUCCAAAACAUUUUCGCCAGGACCACAGAGUCAAUACAUCUGCCGGCUAAAUCGCAGUGAUAGUGACAGUUCAACACUGUCUAAGAAACCGCCCUUUGUUCGGAAUGCUAUGGAGAGGAGAAGUGUCAGAAUGAAGCGGCCUUUGGUUAAGUCCUUUGGUGCAGAGCGUCUAAUCCGAACUUCACUAGACCUGGAGUUAGACCUGCAGGCUUCAAGGACCUGGCACAAUCAGUUAGUGCAAGAGAUCUCUGUACUGAAAGAACUGAAAGAACAGUUAGAACAAGCUCAAGGUCAAGGUGAAAAAGAGCUGCCACAAUGGGUGAAGGAUGAUGAGAGAUUCCGGCUUUGGCUGAGACACGUCGAAAAACGGGCUGAGAAAACAGAACACAAAUGUGAGCUGAAAGCGGAUAAAAUGAUGAGAGCAGCUGCCAAGGAUGUACACAGGCUACGAGGACAGAGUCGUAAGGAGCCCCUGGAGGUACAAUCAUUCAGAGAGAAGAUGGCAUUUUUCACACGACCGAGGAUAAACAUUCCAACCCUCUCUGCAGAUGAUGUUUAAUCACCAUAAAGUAUUUGUUU